GUGUGAGAUAAAAAGAUAUUUUUGUUCACUUACAGAUGAAAGGGACUUGAAAUCCGGCACCGCGCCAGCUUUGUUAAACGCAGCUCAUCUCGACGCAUCUCGAGAAACGCUGCGCUACAUGCACACUUGCGGUGAGAUGUCCGAGUCGCCCUCAGCUCGUGAAAAGCUUGUUGUCGGUUCGCAUCUGUCUGGGGUGAUAUGUCACCGGCGGAUGUCGUAGCCCAGUGGUGGUGCAUGUCAGCGGACGGAAACUCGGUGGAGCCCGAGGACAAAGUUCACGACCCUCAAAUUUAGCGGUGGACCGAUGACGUCGGAUUCUUUGGGGGCCCAGAACCCCGCCCAUCCAUUUCAUCAUGCUGCCAGGGCAUGGAUGGGAUGGGACAUGACAUGGGGGCAAUGGGCACGCACUGCGUCUCGCUCGGGAAGAAGUGGGUGUCGUUGGGCAGGCCCAUCGUCGAGUCUUUUCAAAGUGUUUAAUAUCCUGGCUGAAAAGACCCUCACCUGUCCAAAGUUUCAGAUCUCUCAGCACCUGCAACUCUCGUUCCCCUUACCCUUCCAGCUCCUCCAUGUGCGAGUCGGCGCAGCCACAACACCACACCAUUUUUCCAGUCCGGCAAGCUCCGGUCUAGAGACGGCGCUCUUCCCGCUGCUCUCUUUUUGGCUUCCACAUGCUCACGUUCUGAGCGCGCUAUAUUUCUGGACCACACGGACUUCCGGACGUUCGAGCAAGUUUAUUUCUUCAAAUAGAGUCACGCCCCAGGCCUCCAACCGCACAAGAACAAGUUCUUCUCGAAACCAUCAGUUCCUCGAUUUGUGGAGAGUGAUCAGUGAUCAACAACCACCCCUUGCAGAGCCAAGCAAGUCUAGAAUCUGUAUGCCCCUUUGCCACCUCCCUCUGGACCAUCUUCAGUAUAGCAAAGAGAAUCACGAGAAGAAAAUGUGCGGCACUUCGAUAUCCUACGCCUGCUCGACGACUUUGAUCUCCAAGUCGAUCACCUGCUCCUGCGACACCAUCAAGGCUUACGGCAAAAGCACCUUGUUCUGCGGCACCUGCUCCAAUCCCCGGUGCAGAGAGUUGAGGGGAGAGGUUGCCCAGGCCUCGACGCAGGUUUCAAGCUCUGCCUGA